AUGAUUGUGUAACAAUAUGACCUCGGACAACAUUCAUCCAGUGUGAUGGCUACUCAAUUGCCUGUAACCGGGCGCCGGUCGCACCGCAAGUCGCGCAAUGGCUGCCAGCAGUGCAAGGCACGGAAAGUGAAGUGUGAUGAAGGGAGGCCAACUUGCCGGAAUUGCAAAAAACAUCAUGUGGAAUGCUCCUUUUUCGCUACCACCAACGGUUCACCCUCACCAUAUGAGGUUUCGGACACUCCCUUGAUCAGCACUCAUGCCGAUCCCGCUGCCGGGCAGACAACCAGUACAGCACCAGAACUUGCCAUAUCCGAUCUUGAACUCCUGCACCAUUUCUCGACCUCAACUGCAUACACUUUUUCCCAGCACCCGGCCAUCCAGACCUUUUGGCGUGUCAACGCCCCGCGAAUAGGCUUUUCGGCACCUUAUGCACUCCGUGCCAUCCUGGCCAUUUCCGCCCUUCAUCUGGCCCAUCUGAGACCUCACCAGAAGAAAUUUUAUGUGAACCAGGCGGAAUAUCACCAUGAUGCCGCAGUGAAGCAAGUGGCGCCAAACAUGACUCACCUUAUGCAAGAAGACAGCGCCGGUGUCCUGCUGUUUUCGAUGCUGACCAGCUUUAUAUCCUGCGCUAAGCCUAGGAAGCUGGACGACUUUCUGCUGUUCAGACGAGGAGAGGUUUCCGAAUGGCUAGUGUUUUUCCGAGGCUCGGGAACAAUCGUCAAGUAUGCGCGUGAUUCAUUAUCGUCGGGGCCCAUGGCAGCCAUUUUGAAUAUUCGCGGCAAUCGUACGGAGUUUCGAAAUAGCCUGGUAACCGAUCAAAAGAGCUUUAUGUCCGACCUGGAGGUUCUGAUCCGAGAGGAAGUUCGUGACAUGGAGGAGCUGAAGAUUUACCUGGAUGCGUUGGAAGAAAUGAAACGGUCAUAUGUACUGUGGACAGACCAAUGUCCUACACAGUGGGAAACGGAUGAUGUAUUUGUUUGGCCGCUGGGUGUGUCCCAGGAAUUCCUGGAGCUUUUGAGGGAGCAGCGACCUGUGGCGUUGGUAAUAUUCGGUUUUUUCUGCCCCCUGUUGCAUCGACUGGAGUGGAUGUGGUGGAUUAAUGGAUGGGCAAUUCAUUUGUUGUCCCGGAUCCAUGGGCUUCUGGAUGCAGCACAUCGCUCCUGGAUCCAGUGGCCAAUGGAACAACUCGGAUGGUGCACUUGACCCAAAGGCAGAUGUAUUUUGUUGAUCAUGGAGAACGAAGGUUGCGUUGUCAAAUGAUUGCAAUCCUGGUCGUGCCUCGGAUGACGGGACAGAAACAAAGCGAACCCGAACCCGAACCCGACGCACGACCCUUUCAUCUCCACAUUUCCUCUGCCACGUCGAUCCUCGCUCUCGGACUGGUGGAACCACCCGCUACCACCCGCUUGGCUGCAAUAUGGUCAUCUCGGCUUGCACACUUUGGUUAGAAUAACAGGAUACAAAUACGAUUACGAGGCGGACAUCUCGCCGUAUCGGUAAAGGAGUGUGGUCAUGUUACUGCAGGAGUCCCAAGAAGC